UUUUAAAUGUUAUGAGGCGUACUUAUGUUAAAUUAUCAUUGUUUUUCUCUCUGAAUCGUUUUAUCAUAGUAACAGUGUCAAAAAUGAAUAUCAAUAAUUUCGCGGUCAGUGAUUAGUUCUUUUGCAAAAAAUGUGCAUCAUGUAGCUAAAAUUUUAAUAGUCUCAAUGAACGGGUGUUUUCGUUAUUUUUAUAAAUUGUUAAGGACAUGUACAAAAUAAAUCUGCACCAUUCAAGCUCGAUUUCUGCAGGCUACGAAUCAUGCUCUUCUGCUGGCGAUGAAAACUUGACCGAACGAUGGAGCAUCGUGAUGGAUGGGGCAGAGGAGAGAUGGGCGCGUCCGAAAAUGCCACCGAGCGUUCGCAGUCCGCUGAUCGCGACCGAGUGCGAAUCGAGUUCUACGCCACUUACGACGUCAUGACGGGCGUUCGCAUAGCCGCCACCUUAGGCGGCUUCUUUGCGCUCAUGGUAUUUUUGAUCGUCUACAAAAGUAGAAGCAAAUCGGUCAAGGCGCUGAACGACCCAAAACUUGUGGAGCUAGCAGAGGCUGUAGUUGCGGAGGAACAGGCGGUUGAAGAGGAAAGGCAGUUAACAGCUGCCUUGGAGGAAGCUUUAUCUGAGCGCCUGCGUUCACGGCCUUCCAUUACUGAAGAGCCGCCGUGGCCGCGGACAGCUCGAUUCGCCUCGUACGGGGGAGGUUACGGUAGUUUGCUGACACCACCUCGUCGUCUCUCCGCACUGCGUGGAGAUUCUUUACCAGGCUCUGCGUUACGGUUUGCUGAGAGGCGAGCAUCCGGCGGCCCGCGAGAUCGGCGGUUGAGUUCUGCCACUUGUUCGAGCUCAGGAAGUUCUUACUUGGAGCGUCGCGGAUCUUCAGUAGUGUGCGCGCUACCCGAACGUCGUUUGUCACCAUGUCCUAGUGAGAGACUCGCACCUCUCGCGUCAGUGGGCAGUGUGGGGCCCUCUUAUGCCGUGGAGUGUGAACUAGCAUCGGUAGGCGCGGACUCAGUGUUUGCCGAGGACGAUGUGGACUCCACGGAUGACGAGGUGGAACAGUUUUCGACGGACAGCGGCGGCGGCGACGCAACCAUGGUCGGCGAGUGCACGGAGCUUUCGAGCCGACCGACGCCGUUGCCACUGUCUUUAGACAAGGCUUCUCACUCUCGUGAAACGUUGUUCUAGUCGCUGAUGAUUCAGUCAGCUGUUAAUGUUACUGGCACGUUAAAAUAUCGACGUCUUCCUUUCAUUUUUAACUUUCGGAUUAAAUUUUAACAGUUGACAUAUCACAUUGAACUUUAUAUAUUGGAC